CAUAGUUAUUCCAUUUACAUGUAGGCCCCUUCGAGAAGUUCACACGUGUGACAAUGAUCUUGCCAUUGACGGGUCAACAGUACUCGGAGAAGGUCUCGGAGAAUUGUGUCGCCUUUUGGAAAUCUGUCGGAAUUUACACCGAUGCAGAAGCCAAAGCCAUUGAAAAGUUCAUAGAGGUCUUUAAGGACGAGACUUUCCCACCUGGCUCCUCUAUAUUAUUUACUCAAUCACCCAAUGGAUCACUGACGAUUAGCUUCUCCAAAGAUGGGUCCCUGCCUGAAAUUGGGAAUGCAGUGAUAGAGAACAAACUGCUUUCAGAGGCAAUUUUAGAGUCAAUUAUUGGGAAGCAUGGUGUUUCUCCAGAAGCAAAACAGAGUUUGGCUACAAGGUUAGCAGAGUCAUUGAAAGAUAACGAUGAUAAAGUGGUCGGAAAUGGGAAAUAAUUGGAAACCGAAAAGGUUGCUGAAGAGAGAGAAAAAAAAAAAAAAAAAAAAGGUUUUUUUUGGGACAUGUCCGCAUAAGAAGGGGAAAAAAGAUUCGAACUAGUGACAUUCGCUUUAUUAGGCAUGGUUCCAGCCAAUUGAACUACCUAUUCGGGACACAUAUAAGGUUGUUGAUCAAGUGAAGACAGCAAAUCGCGAGUUGGUUUGGUAAAUCUUUGUAAUGGGCGGCUUUUUUUGUUUGUU